AAAGGUCAUAUUGUAGUUCCUCAAGACAAACCACUUAAUCUAUAUAAUGUUGAAUACUAUGAAAGUCAUGAUCCAGACUAUGUUCAGAAAAAACCACUCUGGAUAGCAAAUUCAGUUAGAAAAACAAUAACAAAUAGAGCUGCAAAUUAG